AGGGGUGGGGGUAUGGGGGGCUCCAGGGCUGGAGAUCCGUAGAUGGGAAGGCUUCUCUCUCUCUCCCCCUCUCUCCCUCUCUCUUUUUCCUAGUUAACUUUUGACAUACUAUCUAAAGGUUGUAGGGCAGAAGGGAUCCCCGUAAAACAGGCUGACCCUCUUCCAUCAUUGGCAAAGGAACAAUACCUAGAAUGAACUUCUUCUUAGACUAUGCAAUUUGUAACCGUGGGACGAGCGCCUACGCGCCCAAGGACUACCAGCAUCUCGACCAAGGGACAACUUCCUUCCCAUCUUGCUCAGGUACCUCUCCUUCCUGUGACAGCUAUCAUCAAGAGGGACGCUUCGGGACGACGGGGGUGGGCGCUGCUGGGCUCAACGCCCACCACCACCACCAGCACCACCACCACCAGCAGCAGAACUCCAGCUACCCUCCUCCUCUUCCUCCCAACCCUACUGGCCUUGGCAUCUCCUUCGCGGGGUCAUCCCAGCCAUCGGGUACAGGAUAUUCGGCAGCCCCCAACUGCAGCCCAAGCUUCGCCAACCAGCAGUUCUUCCUCGGCCCCCAGGAGACGGAUGGAGGCUACUUCCAGCCCUCGGCCUACCCUGCCAGCGUGGCUCCUUCUUCCUCUUCUUCCUCUUCUUCUAGCCUCGGGAGCUUACCUGACGGUUUCUGCGCCACCCCGGGCCAGUUCCAGCCACACCUCUAUGGGCCUGAGCAGGGUGGCUAUUUGCAAGGGGCUUUUGGCAACCUUUCCCCGCCCUUACAGGAGAACAAAGACCCGCGGGCUUGCUCAGCCCAGCCAUGCCCCAUGACUGCCACCACCGGCACGGCCACCACCCAGACCUUUGAAUGGAUGAAAGUGAAAAGGAACCCUCCUAAAACAGCGACCGUGUCCGACUACGGCUUGGCCGUCCACGCCAGCACCAUCCGGACCAACUUCACCACCAAGCAGCUGACGGAGCUGGAGAAGGAAUUCCACUUCAGCAAGUACCUGACCCGGGCCAGGCGGGUGGAGAUCGCGGCCACCCUGGAGCUCAACGAGACCCAGGUGAAGAUCUGGUUCCAAAACAGAAGGAUGAAGCAGAAGAAGAGGGAGAAGGAGGGUCUGGCCGGAGCCCCCGCCGCCCUCAGCGGCUCGGCCAAGGAAGCCAGCGAGGCGGCCUCGGACAGAUCCAGCAGGUCCUCCACGCCCGACGCUUCGCCCAGUUCCGUGUCCUCUUGAAGGGGAGACACGCGAGGGCCUCCCACCCCCACCCGCACUCGAAUAUCCUCCCCACCCACAGGCCCCCCUUUAAGGAAAUAGCUCCUCCUUGAACAGAAACGCCAGGCCGAUGCGCAGGCUGCCUUAAGCCUCGAUCGUCACGCGCAAGCACAUCACACGUCCAUGGAGCAAGCCACCGCACAGGCACGUGUAUUCCUAAGCGCGGGCAUCUGUGCACACGGACGCCUCGAUUGUAGGUGCACACGAACAAGAACCGCGUGUUCAGAAACAAAGAACCGUGUGUUCAGAAACACACCUACAGAUCAGCUUCCAAAUGACGCCCGCAUAUACUUUCUCUCCCUGGGUAUUUUUUUUUCUGGUGGGGAGGGGUCAUAGGAGCCAACUCCUGGCGGGCGGGGGUCUUCGAACCCCCCCCUUAAAAAUAUUUGUGCCUCCCCCCAA